AUGAGCACUAUGAAUAUUUCCAUAGAAAAAAAAAGAUCAGAUUGCUCGGCCUUACCUAAAGGUUGGCAAAGAGAGGAAGUUCUAAGGAAAACUGGUUUGUCUGCCGGCAAAGUUGAUGUUUAUUAUUAUAGCCCAACAGGUAAAAAGUUUCGCAGUAAAGCGGAGCUAGUCCGUUAUCUUGGUGAUAGUACGGACCUUUCGUGUUUCGACUUUCAACAGGGCCAAAUAAACACAAUGCUGCUGUGCAAGGCCAAGAAAGCACGAGCGCAGUUUGAUUACAGGGGUGUCCGCUCAGAUGCUUCUUUGGUGCCACCAAUUCGUCAAACUGCUUCAAUAUUCAAGCAACCUGUUACAGUAUAUAAAACACAAGAGAGUAAAGUCAAAACUGAUCUCAAACAUGGUACGCAAGAAAAGCCCAAACAAUUAUUUUGGGAGAAGAGGCUGGAAGGUUUAACUGCCUGUGACGCUAAUGGAGUUAUAGGCACUACUUCUUUGCCUAAAUACAUCAAACCACUAGGCCCUUAUAAUACGGACGCUACAAUCAUUCAAUCCCUAGCUACAGCUCUCCACGUAUCAUCCCAACCCAUUGCCGGUCAGAACGGUCCCAAGCAAUCUAUACUCGAAAACCCUGGUGUUUUUUUAAACCCUGAGCAGCCGCUCAUUGCAGCAGUGACUAUCACAAAGGACGACGUUCGGCGUCAAGAAGAGCGCGUGCGCCGCGCUCGUCAACGAUUGCAGGAGGCGCUGGCCGUGGCGUAG